AUGUGGCUUUCCCAUCCAGGUUUUAUGCAGUUGGUUUACGAGAACUGGAGUUUUGAUCUUAAUGGUGCUCCCCCUUUUGUUUUUACUUCUAAGCUGAAGAGAUUAAAGGAGGUGUUGAAGAUUUGGAAUAAAACUGUUUUUGGAGAUGUGAAAUUUCGCUUGAAGCAGGAUGAAUUGAAACUUGAAAUUGAGAAUGAUCUUCUUGAUUAUGAUCCGGCUGAUGAGUUUCAAUUCCUAAAGGUUGCGGAUGCCAAAAAGGCUGUUGAUGAUGUGAGAACGGAGUUGGCAAUUAUGCUUAAGAUGAAGUCGAGAGUAACUUGGUUGGAGGAUGGUGACCAAAAUACUCGUUUCUUUCAUAAUAGCAUCCGCAUGAGGAGAAGUAAAAAUACCAUCUCACAGUUUAAGGUUUCUAACGAUACUACUUUGUUUUUGCAGGAUGAGAUAAAGGAUUUCAUUGUUAAUCAUUAUCAGGCCAAGUUCAAUGGUGGUGACGUUCAUAUUGAUCCAGUUUUAUUUGAUAUUGAACAUGAGAGCAUUUUAGUUGCUGAGAGUGCUUAUAUGGAUGCUAUUCCAUCUUUGGAGGAAGUUAGAGUGGCGGUUUUUGACUUGGGAGCUGAUUCUGCGCCUGGCCCAAAUGGAUUCACAGGUUCUUUCUAUAGACAGUGUUGGGACAUUAUUUCUAGAGAUCUCUUUAAUGCCAUUGCAAAUUGUUGGAUUGGUACUGUACUAAGUAAGCUGAUCUCUGAAGAUCAAGUGGCGUUUAUGAAGGGUAUAAACAUACAUGAGAAUAUAGCUUUGGCGUCUGAAUUGAUCAAUGAGAUCAAUACGGAGAGGAAGCAUGGGAAUGUUAGCCUCAAACUGGAUAUUGCUCAAGCUUUUGAUACAGUAAGUUGGGAUUUCAUAGCUGAAGUUUUUCGUCAAUAUGGCUUUUCCGAUUCUUGGUGCAUGUGGGUUCUUAAUAUCCUUAGCUCAGCUCGGAUUUCUGUCAUGAUUAAUGGAUGCCCAGAAGGUUAUUUCAGUAUUACUAGAGGUCUGCGUCAAGGUGAUCCUCUCUCACCUUUGAUCUUUGUUCUUAUUGAAGAUGUUUUAAGUCGCAAUAUUUCCAAGUUGUUUGCAAAUAAUAGUAUGAAUGUUAUGGUUAGUAAGAAAGGAGUGGCGCCUACUCACUUACUUUUCGCGGAUGAUAUCCUUAUUUUCUGCAAAGGUAAUCUUCAUAGUUUGCAAAAUUUGAAAAAUAUGCUUGUUUUGUAUGAACGUGCGUCUGGUCAGUACGUAAACUUUGCAAAGAGCAAGUUUUAUUUUGGAGGUGAUAUAAUUUCUCGUGCUAUUGCUAUUUCUAACUAUUUGAGUAUGGAGAGAGUUAUGUUUCCUGACAAAUACUUAGGUAUUCAAUUGAAACCUGGAAUUGUUCGGCAUAUUCACGUUCGCCAAGUGGUUGAGAAGAUUAUGGACAAGUUGGCUGGCUGGAAAGGUAAACUUUUAUCAUUUCAAGCGAGGAUUGUGCUAAUUAAAUCGGUGAUUUCUAGUUAUGUUAUUCAUUCUAUGGUUGUUUAUAAGUGGCCAUGCACGGUUAUUAAGCAAGUUGAGAGGGCCAUUAGAAAUUUUCUUUGGUCCGGGGAUGCUAAGAAACGUAAAUAUUUUACGGUUCUAUAUGAUGAUCUAUGCCUCUCAAAGCGUGAAGGUGGUCUUGGCAUUAAGAAGUUAAAUGAUGUUAAUAGGGCUAUGCUAAUGAAGCUUUGGAUUUCUAUUCGGGAUUCAAACAAGAUUUGGGCCAGAUUUUUGAGGUCCAAAUACUUUAAGGUCAAUGGAAAUCUGAUAAAUUAUAAGUUGGGUUCUUCGGUUUUUCCUGGAAUUCGCUUGGUUUACAAUUUUGUGCAGAAGCAUACACGCUCAAUUAUAGUUCAAUGGCUUGGCUUUAAAGGGAGAGUUUAUCAGGUAAUUCAUGAUAAUUCAGUUAGAAUGAAGGGCCACAUGUAUAAUACUUUACAAGAGUUACGCAUUCUGAAUUAUUUCAAGGUGCGGCAUAGAUCACGCAAAACGUCUACCCCAAUUGAGAUUAGUUGGAUUCCUCCUAAUCAAGAUGAAAUCAUGAUCUGUUUUGAUGGUGCAUCUUUUGGAAACCCAGAACAAGCUGGUUCAGGUGUUGUUUUCCGUGAUGCAAGUUCAGAGGUGCUUGGUGUUCUUUGUGUUGGCCUUGGUUGGAAAACCAAUUUAUAUGCGGAAGACUCUGAGGUGCCUACUGGGACUGAGGUGGCUGUGGUGCCUGAGGAUGUUGUGGACCCUGAUGUUAAAGGAUUUGUUAUCGGGAAUCUUCCACCUCAUCCUCCUCAUUAUGAACUGCUAAGGCUGACACUUCGUGACAAGGAUAGCUAUUCCCAUCUGACUUUGGAUGAGAUUGCUAAGUCUUUUCGUCUUCACGAGUUUGAGAUUUCCUUUGUCAACGGCUCUGAUUUGGUCCUUGGGCCCAUGGUUUCACCACCGGCAGAUCCCUCUGUCCCUCGUUCAGCUCGUUCUUUUCCCGAGAAGUAUGACGGGUAUCGUCCUUGGAUUUUUAAUCUUGUUGCUUCUCAUGAGUCUGCCCCUGCUUCUUCUGCUGGGACUGCUCCAGGAUCUGCUGGUAACUCUUCUUUCCAGAAAAAGGGUAAAUUGAAUGUUGUUAUUGAUCUUGAUGCUUUGGAUGAGGAUCCAAAGGCUGCUGACGAGGUACCAGGUGACGAAGACAUGGAGGAUAUCGAGGAUACUCGUCUCAGUCCUCAUUUGGAUGAUAUUGAUCAGGAUUUUGCCAAAGAUAACCCUAGUCCCUUCCGAGCUACCUCAGUUGAGGGUGAGAACCUUCUUGUUGGUACUGGUGCUCAGUUGGUCAAGCAUGUUAGCGUUCAAGCCCCGCUCCUACACUUUCUUUGA